GACGCUGAUGUUUAUGAGUGAACUCUCCUGUGGUGCUCCGAUAAAGUCAUAUUUUUGCUCAUAUAAAAUCAGCGCACUUCCGUUUAACGAUUGGUUCAUUAGAGACCCACCUGUCUUUCACUGUCGAGAGCGCGCACGCGUCGGGAGCGAGCUCUUGUAGUGUCCGCGCGUGUAUGAAUAAUAAAUGAGCCCUGCGCUGUCCGCUGGUGCUGAAGCUGAACACCGGACAGUCACAUUCAUUCUCACUGUGAACGUGGACGUGACCAGCAGCGUCCAGCUGGAUUAAAAGCGUGGAUGUGUUGAAGAUGUUAUGAUAAGUUUUAAUUCGGGGAGGAAAAUAACAAGUUAUACGUUUACUUUCCACUUAAUAUUCGUCUUAAACUCGUUUCAUAGACCAAAGAAGUAGAAGCUGUUUGCAGUUUCUGACAGGAUUUACAGAAGAAAAUGAAGCCGCGGAUUGUACUGACCUUCCUGACGUUCAUCUGUUGUGUCUUAGGUAUGUGUAAUGGUUCUGAGCUGGCUUUCAUUACGGAACCCAGCGAUGUGAUCGCGGUACGGGACAGACCUCUUAUGCUGGACUGCAGUGUGGAAGGAGAGAGUCCCAUCACAAUCACGUGGCAUAGGAACGGAGCGCCACUGCGUACAGAGUUGGGCAGUCGGGCAAAGGUCCUGUCCAACGGCACGCUCCUGAUCCGCAGUUUCCAGAAGAGGCGAGAUGGAGACGCCACAGAUGCUGGAGAAUAUUACUGCGCUGCACAGAAUCACUAUGGCAUGCUGGUCAGCCGGAAAGCUCGAGUGCAGCUUGCAUCUCUUCCAAAAUUCCAUACUCAUCCAGAGUCCAUGUCGGUAGAUGAGAGAGGGGUCGCACGUUUCCAGUGCCAGGUCAGCGGGAUACCCGAAGCCAACAUCACUUGGGAGAAAGAUCGUGCCGCACUUGGAACAUCUGAUGAAAGGUACACGCUUCUCCCGAUGGGAAUUCUGCAGAUUACAGGAGUGAAGAAAGCAGACGUGGGCUUUUAUCGCUGUGUAGCCACCAAUAUAGCCAACACACGUUAUAGCCACGAAGCGUACCUCAACGUAACCGGAGAGGGCUCUCGCACCUACAAGGAACCGUUUAUUCUGUCCGGCCCUCAGAACCUCACCAUCACCGUCCAUCAGACGGCCAUCCUGGAGUGUAUUGCCACCGGAAACCCUCGACCCAUCGUGUCUUGGAGUCGACUUGAUGGCAGAUCGAUCGGAGUGGAGGGCAUACAGGUGCUUGGCACAGGUAACCUGAUGAUCUCGGAUGUCUCACUUCAACAUUCCGGAGUCUAUGUGUGUGCUGCCAACCGGCCUGGUACCAGGAUGAGGCGUACUGCAUUGGGCAGGCUUGUAGUGCAAGCUCCUCCUGAGUUCAUCCAGUGGCCGCAGUCUGUGUCUAAGCCAGCAGGGGGCAGUGCUGUGUUCACUUGUGUUGCUCAGGGAGUUCCUGAACCUCACAUCAUUUGGCUUAAGAAUGGAAAGAUACUCACACCUGGAGAUAAUGUCAAACUCACUAACAAUAACAGCACCCUAGCAGUGACUCGCAUCACAUCCGAAGAUGAGGCGAUUUAUCAGUGCAUCGCUGAAAACACGGCCGGCACUAACCAGGCCAGCGCUCGCCUAGCUGUCUCCCCUGCCAAAGAUCUGCCAGAUCCCCCUCAGGGUCUAAAAGCUACGGCUCUGUCUAAAACCACCCUACAGCUCUCCUGGACUCAACCGCCCGCUGAAGUCACCGACUCCAUCAUCGGAUAUGUGCUGCACAUCCGCAAAUAUGGCGAGCCUGAUAGUAAAGAGUUACAGGAAGCGGUGAUUAAAACUACAUUUCAGCACGACCUCACAAAUCUUGAACCUGCCACCACUUACUCCAUCUACUUGAAGGCUUAUUCUCCUCUGGGUGCCAGUGAACAGUCCAGCAUUGUUGUGGCCACAACACUAGGGGGCGUUCCCAGUCCACCUACAUUCUUCACCAAAGCGAUAAAUACCACAGCAGUCCAGGUCUUGUGGGAGCUGCCAAAUAAGCCUGGCAAAACCGAGGGUUUCCGACUGACCUACCGCAGAGUCCCCAACGGAGUGAUGCAGGGGCCAGUUCAGUUGCCCUGCAAUGUCAACGCACACACCAUUUCUCAUCUUGACAACGGGGCUGUGUAUGAAGUCAAACUGGUGGCUUACAAUGGCAAUGGAGAGAGCGACUGUUCAAAGAAACUGGUUUCACUGGCUGAAGAUGGAGCUACUAGUGCUAAAAACAGUGCAGGGGAGGAGUCCCAAUGUGACUGCAGGGGCGUGGAGAGUUCCCUGAGCAGCAUUGUUAUAGGCAUCCACAUUGGCUUGGCUUGCAUCAUUUUCUGUGUGCUUUUCCUCAUGUUCGGAUAUCGCCGCAGUUUUCUCUGCAGUAAGGGGACACAGGACAGCUGGUCUGUCCCACAGGGUGGAGACGGACACCACACUCAAAGCAAUAACAUCCCUAAAGAGGCAGUAACACGGCCUGCUCAAGGCAUUGAAUUAGUGCCACAGGGUCAUAAUGCAGAUCGCCAGGCCCAAUGCCAGGUUCUUAUAGAGCAGCACUCCAAUCUGCCAGGCACAGGCACUGGCUAACACCUUACCCUUCAUCCUAGAGAUCAAGAUCCCUGUGGUUCCUCUGCCUGGCCUGCCCACCAAAGUCCCCUUUAAUCCCAUUCAUAUCUGCCCUUUCAACAAAUCUGCUGCUAGUGUUUAGGGGUGUUAUUGAUCCUGUCUCAUCCACAUUAAAAAGCCGGGUCCCUUAAUAUUUGUACGCCAAUGCACCAAAUGAUAGCCUUAUGAGAGACAGUACACCAUUUCAGUUGAUGCCAAAACCUUUAUGUUUUAAUACCAAAGGACUUUCUGCUAAAACCAAAACUUUCCCUUUGCAACGUGUCCUUUGGUAAUGAAAUGUAGCCAUACUGAUAAUCCAAUCCAUUUACAGUUCUGUUAAAAAAAACUCCAAAGCAAGAUUUAGUGAACUACAUGAACAAUGCUGACCCAAAACAUCUUUUCAGUUGAAAUGACUGGAGGGAACAGAGGUCUGUUCCCUUUAUUAGCCUUAGCUCGGAAAUGCCAAGAUAAAUGACGUGGCCUUGCUUGUGCGUUUCGCGUUUGGUUGUGCGAAUUCAAGUAAAUAGAUUGUUAUAUGUUUCACCGUGCAUGCCUAGAGGCAGGACAGCCCAGGGGAACCAUAAAGGUGACUGAUACUUCCCACCUUCCUGUUUCCUAUCCCUUAAUACUCACCAAAAGCUGUGUACGUCCAAAGAUAGCUACCUCAGAAUGUUACGCCGUGGCCAACAUAUCAGCUUUCUGCUGAUAAAGCACGCCUACCUCAGCCAAAAAGAUUUACAGAUACCUUCUGCUCGUCCCAGUGCCUGUGCCAGCUGCCUCCAGAACCUGCAUUCGGGUACCCGUCUGGUCGACUGCCAUGGAGAGUGUGACCAAGGCUUGGAUAAUUGCUGCCCAUCCUCUGGCCAAAAAAUAUUGCCUUAGCAGACAAA